ACACGGCCACAAAUAAUCACACACACCGUUACUGCUUCACUUCUUCAUCUCUGAGAGCCAAUCACUAAAAACUAAAGAUGGGAAAAAUUAACGGGUGCAUCAAAUGCCUCUUUAUCUUCUUCAAUGUGCUGUUUGCAAUCAUCGGAUGUGGGCUGAUCUAUGGGGCGGUGAAGACCACCGCCUACAGCAGUCAGUUUUCGGCCGUUGGGGGCCCGAAUCUGGCUUGGUCUUGGGUGUUUGCCAUCGGCGUCCUCGGCAUCUCCAGCCUGGGAAUCUAUGCGGGCUGCUCGGAGAAUUACCUCGCCCUCAAAAUAUUUGCAGGCUUCAUGGCGGUUGGAAUGAUCAUCAUGCUGAUCUUUGGCAUCGUUGUCGUUGUCAUGAGGAACAAGAUGAAGGACGCCUUUCACAGCACCUCCUCUGAGGCGGUACAGCCCUACAUGGAAGACAACGACCUGAGAGAGAUGCUUGAUGAGAUGCAGCAAUCUAUCCAUUGCUGUGGACUGGUGAGCGCCCAGGACUGGGGCAGUACCAUCCCUCAAUCCUGUGAGUGCAACUCAAGUGGAGGAAAUCAAACACAUGGAGGAUCUGUAUUUACUGGAUGUAAAUCCAGACCUCAGGGAACCACAGGCCCGAGCCAGAUCUAUAAACAGACCUGCGGUGACUUCAUCUUUGUGUGGUUCAACAUCAUCUAUCAGCUAUUCAUGGGCUUCUGUUUCACAUUUGCUGUCACUGCACUGCUGGGCCUGCUGAUUUCCAUCCUGAUGAUCCAUCAGGUCAAACGUCAUGACAGAGCAGGAAGAGCAACCAUUGCCAUGAAGGGAUACUGAAGGGAACCCUCCACCCCUGACCUUUAACUUCUGCACUGUGACAGGAGGACCAAUACAUGAUGUAUUCUUUAUUAUGUAUUUUUUUUAAUGACAUUUCUGCUUUUUUUAGAGAGUCAGGGAAAGGGACGAUGUGGCAUGCUGUAGGAGCAGAUGUGUUGCCUCGCAGCCUUUUUUUCUUUCAGUUUUCUAUUGUAGAAAAUAUAGCAAACAUUUAUUUUUUUUUAUGAAUCAUUAUCUCUCUUUGGGUAUUUGAUGGUAUGCUAAAUAACAUCUUUUCUACAACAUUUCUCUGUUACAUAAAACCACUAAUGAAGCAGUCUUAUGUAAUGAAAUACUGUAGAAAAGAGACAGUUUCUAAGCUCAGCCUUCACAUCUGACUGCAGCUCUGUUAACCCGAGGAGGUCAUAACAAUAAAAGGGAUUUUAAAAAGCAACAUUAUAAUAGUUGGAAACUCUGGACGCACCUGAAAACAGCUUAGUGAAGUUCAUCCACUCAUCUUUGGUGGUGAUAGAUGAUAGGUGCUUGUAGGGCUAUAUGGCGAAGUCGUGUAACUGGCGAAGUAAUUGCUAACACUCUAGACAGCCAGGAACAUGCUAGUGCUAGUCUGUCACCAUCAACAUGCUAGCUAACUGCUUCACUAACAGUUUGUUGAAAAUACACUCCUCUCUUUUAACUGUCUGCAAACCAUCCCUCUUUUGUGGAGCAGUUUAUACUCCAGUGGAGUUUGUUAAAAUUUAAAGUGGAUGGUGUAGCACUGUCAAAAGAGUUAACUAUUGAUCAGCAGCACUUCAAAAUGGUCAUAAAGUUGGCCUUGAUGGAAAAUAAAUGUGGGGAUUUAUUUUGUCCCCAUUAGCAAAUCCGCUGAUCAGAGCCAUUCCACUGUAAUUAACUGAUUUUGCUGCAAAAGUUAGCUUUUUAAUUGCGCUCAAACAUUUAAAAAUAAAAACUAACAUGGUUAUUUUUGGAAGGAAUUACCAACCUAAAGAAUCUGCUCAGGUUAAAAGCAUGUCAGGAGAACAAUUAAGCUGUUUUUAUCUAUCUGUGUUUAUAAAAAUUGUAAGACAUUCAACUUCCAAAGCUGUGUGUGUAUGUAAAGCAAAUCCUGAUGUGCCACUCUCAAAAUCAGUAAAAUAUAGUUUUUUUCCUGUAAAGACCUGUUAAUAUAAGGAAAAUGGAUAUUCCAGCAACACUAGCAGCCCUUAGAACAAAAAUUAGAGCAUUUUCCUUAUGAAAAAAACCCCAUCUCAUCUAUGACAGUACAAUUACUCUUCAGAGUUUCAUUGAGGAUGAAGCCAUGUGAAAAACCAAACAGCUCAGGGUUACAUGUUACGCCACACCACCGUUAAAAAAAGUGACAUAAGUUGAAGACAAAUCCGUGACACGUGACAGGAACUGUUUUAUUGUGAAAUCUGCAGUCAUAUCACUUCAAAAUAAACUCUAGAAACUGAA